AUGUUUUGGCAACAAGAAACCAUCGAGCCAGACCGCUCCCCAACGGCAAAGGCACCAGUUCUGGCAACAGCACACGGUUGCUAUGGUUUCUGGUGCGGCCCGUGUUUGGCGUGCACCGUGGCGGGUCGGAUGAAAGAGUGCUACUGCCUCCCCCUGUGUGACUACUGCCUGCCAGGGGCGAUCCCUCCAGCCGCACUCGGCCUGAGGGUCGCCCUGAGAAAAAAAUUCAACAUCAAGGGCUCUGUGGUGAAAGACAUCUGUAUUUCCUGGUGCUGCUCAUGGUGCUCAUGGUGUCAGAUGCAUCGCGAGUUAAAACGGAGGAGCAAAGUUCCAACCAUCGUAAACGUCCAGAAUGUAGUCCAAAUGCAGCCAGCCCCCAUGAUGAUGUCGCAAUCCAACAUGAUGAUGCCGCAAUCCAACAUGAUGAUGCCGCAAUCCAACAUGAUGAUGCCGCAAGAUCCCAUGAUGAUGCCGCAAUCCAACAUGAUGAUGCCGCAAUCCAACAUGAUGAUGCCGCAAUCCAACAUGAUGAUGCCGCAAGAUCCCAUGAUGAUGCCGCAAGAUCCCAUGAUGUCUUCCGCCGACAAAUCAUAA